AUGUCUAUCUCUGUUGAAGAGAUCGUGGUGGUGGUGGAGAAGUGGGUUCCCGGUGACCAGAAAGGUGUCACGCAGCCUUGGAGUCAAUUGCUUUUGUCUAGACUUGCAUGGAAUAUCCACAAGGAAAAUCACCCUGUAUACAACUGCACUGCAGAUUCUGCAGCCACAGAAGCGGCGCAUCAGCAGCGGCAGCUGGAUGACAUCACUGUCAAUGAGAGGAGCAGUCGAUCAGGCCCGGUUUCCACGGCAACCCCGGACGGCAGCAUCCCGCAGCCUGUCGGAGGAGGACCUCGCCAGCAGGACUGUCGCUCCCUCCCCAGCUGCCGGAGGUCCAGCUCCGACGCGGCGUACGGGACCACUGAGACCGCCAAGGCCCAGCGGGAAUGUCGCCUGCGUCCUCACUUCAGCGACCCCAUGCCAGCGGACGCAGCGAAGCGGAAGCAGCUGGAGAUGAGGAUCGCCGCGGCGGCCUGGGGCCUCGGGCAGAAGCGACGCCAGGACAAAGAAAGUGGCGAAUGUCCGCUGUUGAACUCGGCCAGCAGGGUAGGGGAUGCCUCGCCCACCUCUGAACCCCGGGGCGCCCGCCUUCACCCUGGUUCCUCCCACCGGCCCAAGCACCGCUGGAGUAACCUGAGCACCGACAGUGGGGUGGUGGGACUGAACGACCGCAACGAGGAGAGGGAGGAGGAGGAAGAGGAGGAAGGGGGAGAGGACAGGGGGCGGAAGAGCCGGCCGGGCGAAGUGGAGAGGGCGGACAGCGGCAUUGGGCCGGGCACGGCCAAGAAGUGGCGGAGCCGGGUGGAGGAGACGGCGCGCUCCGUGCAGGCCUGGGUGACGCACCAGCCGUGCGUGGACUGCGGCGAGAGGGACACCACGGAGGCCGGGCCGGUGGCGGCGGCGGCGGGCAGGCGGCGGGAGAGCCUGUGCGGCCGGUGCGCUAAGCGCAGGAGGGAGCGCAAGGAGGCCAUCUUGGAGUUCGUCAACACCGAGUCCAGCUACGGAGAGGACCUGCGCAUCAUCAGGGAGGAGUUCCAGCUGCCCAUGCAGGCGGCCGGGCUCCUCACUCCAGAGCAGCUGGCCGUGAUCUUCAGCAACAUCCACCAGCUCAUCGAGGUCAACGAGAAGUUCCUGGAGAGGCUGCAGGAAUCCACGGAGCAGGCAUUUGAUCAGAAUGAUGAGGACUUUUUGACCGUGUGCAUUGGUGAGAUGUUCCUGGAAUUCGUCAACAUGCUGCCAGCCUUUCAGACCUACUGCAUCCACCAGUCUUCCUCCAUCAACCUACUCAACUCUCUGGAGAAGGAAAAGGAGCUUCUCAGGAUCUUCCUGGACGUGUCGCAGAAUGACAACACGGCGCUCCGCCGCAUGAACCUGCGCUCGUUCCUGAUGGCGCCGCUGCAGCGAGUCACCAAGUACCCGCUGCUGCUGAGCCGGAUCAGCAGCUCGACGCCCGAGUACCACCCGGACCACCGCGGCCUGCGGGAGGCCAAGAGCCGGGUGGAGUCGCACCUGGGGCACAUCAACAUGAAGAGCCGGCAGGAGGGCGCGCCCCCCUGGCCCCUGCGCUCGCUGCGCCGCGGCAGCCGGCGGCACCGGGAGGCGGCGGCCGCGGAGGUGGAGAUGAGGGAGGUGGCGGUGCGGGCGGUGGGCUGGCCGCGGGAGGAGACGCGCUUCGCCAUGGAGGGCACGCUGCAGUCGUCCCAGCCCAGCGACGGCCAGUGGGCCAAGAAAGGGAGCAGGUCCCUCAAGUUCCACAACCUCCACGCCCUCCUGGUGGUCAACAAGGCUCUCCGGCCCGACCCGGAGCCCGCGGCUGGAGACGCCGCAGCGGAGGAGGCGGCGGUGCUGGUGCGGGACGCCGCGCUGGUGCUGAUGCGGGAUAAGAGCGGCGGCAAGUUCUCCCUGUUCCGGCGGCCCAUCCACCUGGGCAACUGCGUGGUGUCCUCGGACCCUGACUGCGAGGACACCUUCGAGCUGCUGGAGAUCCCCAAGGAGGCGUUCGUCUUCCGCGACGCCGACCGCCCGCGGACCCGCCACUGGUUCCGGCUGAUCAAACGCUACUCCCAGGACCUGGGCUCCUGGCGCAAAAGACGCAACGCGCUGCCCAACAUCAUGAUCAACGCCACCUACGGCCGGUCCUGAGUCCACAACCGGGGGGGUGACUCUCCCCCCUCUCCACCCAACACCAACAGCAGCAUUGUCCCAUUCACGUCCAUCCCAUUGCGGACAUUGGCCUUGGUCUAUGAUUUGUAGGUUAAUUGACUUCGGUAAAAUUCCUGGGAUGGUGGGACUGUCAUACGUUGAUAGAAUGGAGCAGUGAAUGGUAACUCACUGCAGACUGAAAGGGGAGAGGGCAUGAUAGGGGCGGAAGGAGUUUUGUGGGUGAGGUUUUUCUCCGAGGUUUCUCCUUCCGAACCAUCAGAGGUUCAAUCUUCUGCAUGCGCCAGGAGUCUCCAGGAAUUAAGAUUUAAUCAUCCAGUCUUUCUUGCUGGGGAAAAAAACCUCAUAAUUCAAGAAAAUGUCUUUGAACCCACUCCCAGUUUGCUGCUGCAAAGUUAUCGGAGAACGUCUCCUUGGUUUAACCUCUUCCCUCAAUCAGAUAAGAUGGAGUCCAUCCGCCUUUGGAAGACAUGUUGUUGACAGGAUGGGCGACCAAUACGUAAGACAUGGUCAGAGAGAGAGAGAUGGGGAAUAGAAGAAUUGUGUGAUGAUGGUUUAAGGUCGUGUCCCAUCAUUUGGAAGUGACCCAUAGUCGGGAUCAAACCCGGGUCUCUGGCGCCGUAAAGGCAGCAACUCCACCACAGUGCCGCACCUUUUGAAAAUGAAUUUUAAUGAUUCUUUUCCUCCCUGGAUUUAGCUUGUCCUAAAGUAACUCAACAGAUCAGGCAGCAUCCCUGGAGAACAUGGACAGGUAACGCUUUGGGUCGGGAUCCUUGUUACGAAACGGGGUCCCCGACCCGAAACGUCCCCUAUCCGCGUUUCCGUAAUUAACCUUCAAUUGCUGGAGACUCCAGAUUCAGGUGGAUUGGGAAUGUCAAAUGUGGGAUGGGGGAGACAUGGUUUGGGAAAUGGAUUUGGGGAUAAACUUGGGGGAAGGAAUAAAAGGCGUGUUGGAUCGUGAACGAGUAUCCUGGAUAUAAACUUGCCACUACACAAGUUGUACCGCACAGCUCGGCUUUGAACACUGUGUUCCUUGUCUGUGCACUCAACUGUUCCAGAGUGGUUGUUCACAAAAAUCAUACCUUGUGUGUAUUCAACGUCUGAACGUUCUGUCCGCGCCGUUGCUCCAGGAGUGUCAUCCUUGCAGGAGUACAUGGUUUAUUUCAACUGCUUGCAUUAAUAUGGCUGCAAAUCAUCAGUAUUUGAAGAAACAAGGAACUGCACAUGCUGGUUUACAAAAAAAAAAAGACACACUGCUGGGCUUAAUGCGGGGCAGGCAGCAUCCCUGGUGAAUAUGGAGAGGGGACCCUGCCUCGUAAGCUGGAUCCCGUCCCAAAACAUCACCUAUCCAUGUGUUUUUCCGAAGAUGCUAGCUGACCCGCUGAGUUACUCCAGCACUUUGUGUCUUUUCAUCAGUAUUUGACUUCAAUUUAAUAUAACUCCAUCUUGCCACAACUGGGCACCAAAAGCACAACAAUAUUUGGAUUGCUAGUUUAUCCAAUAUGUAAUAAAAAGGAACUGCAGAUGCAGGUUUAGGCCAAAGAUAGACACAAUAAAUGGUGGAGUAACUUAGUGGGUCAGGCAGCAUCUCUGGAGAACAUGUGUAAGUUGGGGCCCUUCAAGCUGAAGAAGGAUCCCAAUCCGAAAUGUUCUCGAUCCAUUUUCUCCAGCGAUGCCACCUGACCCACUGUGAGUUACUCCAAUAUUUUAUAGUCUAUCUUUGUUUAUUCACCCAUGUUGUUAAACGGUUUAAUUUAUAUUUUACAACAUGAUCUCUGAAUGUUACCGAUCUGUGUUAGUGUUUAACAAUUUAACCAUUUUCUGCAGAAGUCUGAUGGACACAGUCUAGGUCGGGAACUAAAAGAGUUUCACUCAUGCUCCAGACCUGAAUCGCCACAGAAAGCCGCAGAAAAAUGGCCAGUGUUAUCUAUAAAUAUCACAAACUUAAGUAUCAUUUGUGCAGGGGGCCACAGUUUAAGAUUUUAGAACGGAGGUGAGGAAACACUUUUUCUCAUUGAGAGUUGUGAGUCUGGAAUUCUCUGCCUCAGAGGGCAGUGGAGGCAGGUUCUCCGGAUACUUUCUAGAUAGGGCUCUUAAAGAAAGCGGAGUCAGAAGAUGGGGAGAAGGCAGGAACGGGGUACUGAUUGGGGACGAUCAGCCAUGAUCACAUUGAAUGGCGGUGCAGGCUCGAAGGGCCGAAUGGCCUACUCUUGCACCUAUUGUCUAUGGCAAUGCAAGCGGGUGCCAUCUCUCAUGAUAGACACAAAAUUCUGGAGCAACUCAGCAGGUUAGGCAGCAUCUCUGGAGAACAGGAACAGGCGACAUUUUAGGUUGAGACCCUUCUUCAGACUGAGAGUCAGGGGGAGAGGGGGAGACUAGAUGUAUGAAAAGGUACAGAA